UAGUGUGAUAUAACUGUGGCACUUGCACGUUGUAAUGUACUCCUUUUCCGAUGAAAGAAUGAACCCAACAGCUUUUUUGGGGAAACGCCCACACCCGAAUACAGAGUUAUCCCUCCCUUCUGUUUCAGCGAACAUCCAAUCCUCUUCCACUUCUGAGGUUGUACAAGCAUCCGUUUAAAAGCGUUCCUCAAUAAAAACCCCAUCCAACAUUUCAGUAUCACAGAAGGAGGACUGCGUUUACACGUGCAGGGAGCAUGCAUUUGUAAUUUUUAACUCUGCGCUUUUAGAAUUUUAAAAGACCCCACCAUAUAUCGUUUGUUUUGUUGACGGAAACACUGAAAAUUAUCCAGAUAAUGGCAUUCCUGAAUCAUUUUACGACUGCAUACUUGAAAAGUUUUCAAGGCGACCGGCUAAAUAAGCAGCUGUUCUUCAUUUUACGCGCCUUACACAAGUCAGCAUCCAGCGAAGCUUUGGGAAUCUCCGCGGCUGGAGAAGAGGCCAUACCUCAAAAACUGAUCACACCGGCGGAUGUCGGCGAGAAACCCAGUUUCAAGACCCUGAAGGAGAUGCCCGGACCCAGCACUCUAUCCAACUUGAUCGAGUUCUUCUGGAGAGACGGGUUUAGCAGAAUUCAUGAAAUUCAGAUGGAGCAUAGACAGAAGUAUGGAAAAAUCUUCAAGUCCCGCUUCGGCCCCCAGCUGGUGGUCUCGAUCGCAGACCGUGACCUGGUGGCUCAGGUGCUGAGGGCCGAGCGCAUGGCCCCUCAGAGAGCCAACAUGGAGUCCUGGAAGGAGUACAGAGACAUGAGAGGCCGUUCCACUGGCCUCAUUUCAGCUGAGGGAGAAGAGUGGCUGAAGAUGCGGAGCGUGCUCAGACAGCUCGUCAUGCGACCCCGUGAUGUAGCCGUCUUCUCUGAUGACGUGAACAAAGUGGUAGACGACUUGAUCAAGAGAGUUUGUAUUCUGCGCACCCAGGCGUCUGAUGGUGCAACUGUCCUGAACAUGAAUGACCUCUUCUUCAAAUAUGCCAUGGAAGGUGUGGCAGCCAUUUUGUACGAGUGCCGACUUGGCUGUUUGGAAAAUAAUAUUCCCCAGGAAACCCAAGACUACAUCAGUGCGCUGCACCUCAUGUUCAGCUCCUUCAAGACAACCAUGUAUGCCGGGGCGAUCCCCAAGUGGCUCCGGCCUGUCAUUCCCAAACCGUGGGAGGAAUUCUGUCACUCCUGGGAUGGCCUCUUCAAAUUCAGCCUUAUUCACGUUGAUAAGAGGCUCGCAGAGAUCAAGGCCCAGCUUGAGCAGGGAAAGGAGGUGAAGGGGGGGCUACUCACACACAUGCUCAUUACCAAGGAGAUGAGUCUGGAGGAGAUCUACGCCAACGUAACGGAGAUGCUACUGGCCGGGGUCGACACGACAUCCUUCACCUUGUCAUGGGCCAGCUACCUGUUAGCGCGGCAUCCUCAUAUACAGCAGAAAAUCUUUACGGAAGUGACAAGGACUCUGGGACCUGGGACAGUCGCCACAGCUGACGAUGUCCCCCGUCUGCCUCUCAUCAGAGGACUGGUCAAAGAGACUCUCAGGCUUUUUCCAGUUCUCCCAGGCAACGGAAGGAUUACCCAGGAUGACUUGGUGGUGGGCGGAUACUUCAUCCCCAAAGGGACUCAGCUGGCUCUGUGCCACUACUCCACAUCUUUGGAAGAAGAGACCUUUGCUGAUGCCUUAGACUUCCAACCAGAUCGCUGGAUACGGAAAGAUUCCACAGAUCGCGUCGACAACUUUGGCUCGAUUCCCUUUGGCUACGGCAUCAGGAGCUGCAUUGGCAGGAGAAUAGCAGAGUUAGAGAUGCAUCUCGCUCUCAUAAGGCUCAUUCAAAGGUUCCACAUUGGCGUGUCUCCUCUCUCUACUGAUGUUAAAGCCAAAACUCAUGGCCUACUCUGCCCUGCUGCCCCUAUCCACCUGCAGUUCAUCGAGAGGGAAAACUAGACUCUGAGUCCUCUCCAUAAGAUUUUACGUACAGGAUGCUGAACCAUUGUAAUAUUAGUCAUCAAAUUAAUAGAUUUCAUGAUCAAUGCACGAAGAAUCGGGAAGCCUAACACAAGAAUCACCAUUAAGAAAAUCAAUAAAAUAGGACCACAAAUGCUCACGAACCAUGCAAGAAUUGAGUUGUCUCUAAAUAUCGUUGUUAUCCAUCCCAAUCCUUUAAAGCUUCCAUAGUUGCCAACCAACUUAUGAACUUCUCUAUUAAUUCGAACAAUAUUUUCUUGAAUCUUUUAGAUUUUUUUUUAUUUUUUUUUUUAUUUAUUUUUUUUUAAGAGCUGUCGACAAAUUCCCCUUUCCUUCUUCUGACAGAAGAUACGAACAGCAAUAGUAUAAUCAUCUCCCAUGUCAUAACAUUUCUCUGCCAAACCCUGAGGAUCUUUUGAAGAUGUGUAUAUAUCCUGAAAUUUCUGGAAUGUCUCUUUUUGCCUUCCCUGAUACAUUAUGACUUUUCAAAAAAUCUACAGGUCGCACAAUAUACAAUAAUUGAUUCAGUGUACAUAUACCACACUGUCCGUUAAAAUACGGUGGUAAUGAAGUCCACACAUGCUCUCCACAACACCAAUAAAAACCCGGAGUCACCACUACUCCUAAAUUUACCAGUCUCAUAUAAUCUCCUAAAUUAUCCACAAUCACUGUACACUGUUCACUAGGGACUUCUCCUACUUCUGUCGCUCUUCCUGCUGUCCUGUCUCCCUGUCUUCCUUCAAUACAAACAUCAAAGAUUGCUGAUUGAUUAUAUCUUGCUGGAGUCUGAGACGAUACUUGAGCCAGAUCCAUCGGUACAUUAUAUAUGUGUUUCCUAUAGAAUAUUUGACAACCUUGUAAAGGUGGACUCCUAUUUCCAUGAGAUGCUGUAAUAUUAGAAUGAAUGAUAUACUUCAUCAUUCUGUGAAACUCUCCCUAAGCCUUUUGUACACCUAUAAUACCUCCAUCUACUGUAGAUUCAACGACUGUACAACUACAAUAGGUCUAUUAGCUGUAAAAGAAAACCCUGAAAGCGCACCAACACUAGGAUGCGUCUGUAAAACAACUUGAAAUGCCAUUACACAAAAGGAUGGUAUUCCACGAAGGCCUUUUAAUCGGACUGCCACAUUAUUAAAUAAUUGAUUAAUUGAUUGUGGAAUUACUGAACAUGCAUAACAAGAAUUAGAAGGGAUCCUUAUCACUUUCCUAGUCAUGAACUGAUACCAUAAAUUAGAAGCAACUGGAUUUUCUGACUGAAAUGAUAAAUCAAAUUCUCACAGACUAAAUCCUUAUCAUUUUCCUGAAACAUACUUAGUCCUGCUGAUAGUCCCUUAGAAAGGUCAUCGUUAUCCUCUGUAAACACAAUAGAAUUGAAUGAAUCUAUUUUGGAUGUCCAAUAUGGUGCACAACUGCCAUGCCAUCUAUCAGGGAUAUAUGUUUAUACAUUUAAACUGCAUAUCCAAUUAAUACACUCAUUUGCUGGAAUGAUCAAACUAGGAUCAGCAUACACUGUUUUAGGGCAGCCCAUCGUCAUCCCUUAGUUAUGUAUUCUCUGACCCCCUAAAGGUUGAAUGCAAAUCAAAGGAGGACUCUUCUCCACCAUUCUCACACGUAGUUGAUCAUAACCCAUUAAUAGUUCAGCAUCUCUGCGGACAAGGAAAUUAGGUGUCAUAUUUUUCCACAAUUCAUUGCAAAAGCCUGUUGUUGGAACUUCUGCUACUAUCAAAGUUCUAGGAAUUAACUUUAAUUCCUCUCCUUCUGGAGAUGCAUAGUUUAACAGCUUUAUCAUGCCUAAUUCAAACGUGAUAUACUUGACCUGAUUUAAUAUAAAAAUGUUUGUCACCUAUUGUCAUUAGGGGAACUAGCAUGCAUUGAAUUUCAAACUCUGUUAAAGGAACAUGUUCAACUCUCCCUAAAUCAAACGUAGGGACUUUACUCCUAAUCAUGCGAUAAUCGACUGUCUUUUUAAUUUACCUCAUGAAGUGACAAACCAGUAGUCCGAUUUGGAAUUGCUCUAAUUGACGUGAACAAUUGGUAAGGCUUCAAGCCAAUUCAUUUUUCUUGAUUGAUGUAACUUAAUCAAUUUAUCUUUAAUUGUUCUAUUUGUGCGUUCCACUUGUCCAGAACUUUGUGGGUGAUAAGGAAUAUGAAAAGUCCACUUAAUUCCUAUUGCACUAGCUAAUAGCUUUGUAACCUUAGAUGUAAAAGGUGUGCCAUUAUCUGAAUCAAUUCCCACAGGCACACCAAACCUUGGAAUUAUGUGUUCCAUUAAACACUUAACCACU